AUGGGAUUUUUGAGUGGUGUGCUUGGUGCGGUGAAAGAUGAUGAUGCGGUUAAAACAUACGAUGAUAUGAUGAGUAAUAAGCUUGAAACAGUACUAAAAGAGGUAAAUAAACAAAUUGGCUCCGGGCGUGCUGGGCUUGCGGCGUCUGUCGAGCAGGUGAAGGGGUGGCUGGAGGGGUAUGAAGGUGAAAUAAAAAAGAGAACGGAGGCUAUAACAGACCCACUGAAAAUCGUUGAUGUAGAUAUCCAAAAAACAAUUAAGAAUCAUUUUCGUACGAUGAAAUCUCUAUCUUUCCAGGAGCAAUAUUCCACGUGGACGAAUCGUGCUCGGCUCUACUUGCAAAAGGCUGAGGAGGCAAACAAGGUAUUGGAACAACUGGAUCCCAAACUAUCAGGUAAGUUGACUAUUAACAUCGAAAUGCUGUUGCAGGCUAUGAAAAAAUUUGAGGAGGAGGCAAGUGAUAGAGACCUGGUAAAAAUAUGUGAGAUGGCGGGGGAGAAGCUGAUGAAGGUGUUGAACUCUACUGAUGGAAGUUUUCAAGAAAGUGCGACUGAGCUCCGAGGUUAUUUACAAGGUGUUCUUGAUGAGUCGUUGAAGAAACUUAAUGGCCUAUGUGAUACAAGUUUUGCCAAGUUGAUGGCAUCUGUUAACACGGAACUAUUCGACGCCUUCCAUAAAGUGAACGAUGGCAUUGAUGAUCUGCUCAUUAAAUACGAUAAUCAAAUUGUUAAAGGUCUACAACCAAUUGUGAAUGGAGCAGUCGUUCUGAAAAAGAAGGUUGAAAGUGAGAAAAGGACGCUAAUGCAUCAAGUAACGGAUUUGGGUGUGCGAAUGAACGAGCUUACAGAGGCUGCAAAAAGAAUUAAAGAGUAUGUAGAGAACACUCAAGUUGCACAAUUCAAAAACGGUGCUGGAUGGGAGUUGGAAAAGCAGGUUGAAGAGCUCAUCGGUGCAAUUGAAACGAAUGUUAGGAAGCAUAUAAUGGAAAUAUUUGAACAUAUUAAAGAACCAAUUGGAAUAAUUAAGGUACACAUUGGUGACAUAAAAGUGCCACGAAUCCCGGCCGACCCAGAAGAUAAGAGCAUCUAUCAUAAUUGGAGCGCUCUUAAAGAAGAGAUUCAGACGCUGGUUGGUAAAAUUAAGGGGGAAGGGUUGUCGGGUAUAGUUCAGAAUAAGGAUGGUCUCAAUCAAAUUGUAAAAGGGAUAAUGAUAUAUGCAGCUAAUUUUACUGCUACUAAAUUCGAAACAAAAGUUCUGGAUAUGUGGUUGGAUUGUAUUCUGAAAAAUAAUGAGAUUGUCAAGGAUAAGUUGAAGAGUUACAUUGGAGGAAGUAGGAAUGCUGAGACGUCAAAACCGUUUCAAGAUGGAGAAGUACAGGCGAUACUAAAUGGGCAGACCAAAUCGUUGCAUGACUCAAUAAAGAAGGCCAUCAAAGGGAAGCUUAAGGGAGUUUAUGGUGGAGGCAAAAUAACAUUCGUUGAAGAACCUACCGGUACAAUCGACACCGAUUUGCAGGCCGUCCAAGAUGUUUGUCUCCAAUUUGCCACAAAACUAGAUCAAGAGGUCAAUGAGGCCGAAAACGUUGUUCCACUACCCGGUAGUAUUGAAACCGUUAUUACAAAAGGCAUCGGCCCAUUUUCCGAGCAGAUAACAAAGGCAAUUGACGAGGACAUGAAUCUGAAAAAAACUUUCACGCCUGCCGCUGGCCGCAAAAAACAUGAUCUUCAAGAAGCUAUAAAGCUGAUGAUCCCAGCUUUAUCCACCGCAGCCAGGCAAGUAUACGAGGAACUUAACUUGCUUACUAACUCAGUUGAAUUCGAUAUUAAGAUAGGUCGGGUAAAUGAGGCAAUAUCAAAUGUCGGAAAAAUAGAAUAUCAAUUUGACAUGAUGCCAAAAAAUGGCAAACCAGUUGAUCACGGGAACAAGAUUGACACGGCCCUAGGUAUCGCCCACACACAUAUUAGAAGCCUUCAUGAUGAUGUACACAAUGGAAUCAAACAAGCAUCUAAUCAACUUUCCAGCGAAAAUCUCACCGGUGCCCUUGUUGACAAAGUCAAGGUAAUAAAGGAAAUAGCCACUAAAGAAGAAUUUAACGGACGGCUUGACUUAUUGCUACAACAGACUGCAAAUAAAGCAAUAGAUAGACUACAGCGAAAAGUUAAUUUGAUUGUAAAUGGUUCAUCAAGCGGAAUUGUUAAAGACCCAUACACUCCUUUAACAAAUACGCUCGAAGGUAUAAAAGCGAUGCUUGUACUGCUUCAAACGCAGAAGGAUGCGAAUGUAACUACAGGCGUAGAGCACGGUAAGUCCACACUCGAAAAAACAGCUUACGAUCUCAAUAUGACAAUUGAAACAUUCCUGACAGAUAGUGUUGGUAAAACUGAACAGAGCCCCGACACUGUGUACAAUGCGUUGAAAAUUCUUCAUGAAAAAAUUGGUAUGCUUAUGAAGAAAGUCUACGAAACCAGAAAAAAUGUUGGACAUGUCGAACAAGAACUGUAUAAAUGCAUUAACUACGUCGAAAUGUUGCGCAGUGCGGUUCCUCAAAGGACAAACAAAAUAUUGAAAACGCUUCAUGCAGACGUUGACGCCACAAUUACUGAGGGCUUCAAAGAAAUUCAAAACGAGGCAAAAUGGCUAUAUGCUCAAAGAAAGCAGAAGGAGCUGACCUCACUACAGAAAUGUCUUGAUAUUCAACUUGAGAAAAUAACCAAGACCAUUAACGACGACUUAUCUACCGGCGUCAAAGGCCUGCUUAAAAAAACGAAACGCUAUUUCGACGCCAAUACCGACCAACUUAUCUCUCAGAAUAUCUCAUCCCUCUCCACUAAUGUCAACGUGUUUAUCGCCAAAAUAAUGUCUUACGUUGCACAGCAAACUAACGGCCAUGACAUUUCCAACCAGGUCAAAUCACUCUCCCUUGUCUGCCAAAAUAUGUUUAGCCAACUGCACGAUUCGCAGCAUUUUGAUUACAAAUUUAGUACAAAUAUUAAUAAUUUGAAUAACCGCAUUGAUUCCCUAACUCCCCUCUCCUCUUCCACCUCCUCCCUCGACCCCCAAGCGCUGCCGGACGCAGGACGGCCCGUGCUCAAGGCGCUGAAGCAGGGGAUGCUGGGAUUCGUGGGAGAGUUGGAGAAGGGGUAUGUGAACAGGUAUGAUGGAGGGGAGGGGAUUGAUAAAUUGAGUAAUUUGGUUAUUACUAAGUCAAAUUCUGAUGUCAAUUCCGGGUCAGAUGCGGAGUUAACGGAUGAUGGCAGAAAGUUGUCGAAAGUAUUUUUGACGAUUUUGGAGACAUUGUAUCAUCAGUUGCAUUGGUUGAGUGAUGGAUGCGCCAAACAAAAAAAGAGACAAAUUAAUUUACAGACGAUUAAUGAGAAAGAUAGGAAUAUGACAAAUCCGCUCGGAGCUUAUUUCCAAAGGAACGGUUACCAGGUAUCCAAAGAGGCAGAUUCCCACGAUGGGGAGUUGAGAAAUAAAAAGGAAUUAAAGGCAGAGAACAUAUCAGGUGAGCUACUCAAAAAUAAUCUAAAAUCUGCAAAUAGCAUCCUUACACAGUGGAAGCAGAAGAGUGAGUCCACCAAAGGAAGCACCCAAGUUACUUCACAGAUUACCCUGCUCGACGUGCUUGACUUCUUCCACGAGCACCUUAUCAGCUACUUUAAGACGUCUCAUCUUCGCCACAUUUCAGCGCCCAAAGCACCGUGCAAUAUUUAUCAGAUGCUGCAAUGGCUCACCGGACUGCGGCACAAUCCUAUGUAUGAUAAACUAUGCGGGCACUUCAAGGGACUGUUCAAGAAACCCGAGGGACCCGGAUCGGACAAGGAUUCCGAGUACAAUCUUGAAUCCACUGACGCAAAGCUGAACGCCAAGGAAUUAAGCGAUGAGCUUCGCAGAGUUUGCAACUACUCCGUCGACGUGCUGGUUGCCAUCCAGGGCCACGGGCACGCGGAUGGUGUAUAUGCUGUGGACUUCUACACUAACCAGAGUAACAUCACUUAUCCCAGCAGUGCAGGUGCGUGCUUUGACAUGCUCGUCGACGUAUCGAACAGAGUGUAUGAGCAACUUACAUUUAUAUACAAGAUUUGUCAGAACGGUCCUGAGAGUGGCGGCUGGCGUGAUUGUCAAUACGGGCAGCACGUUGCCGGGUCGGCUUGGAACUGCAACAAGAAGCAAUGUGCCAACCAAACAUGUCCCCAAAUAGCUGACCAAAACGCUAACCAAAAUGCUAACCAAAAUGGUGACCAAAAUGCUGGGCAAAACUGCGACCGGCACCCUACGUGCGGAGUGAAAUCUCCACUUCAGUCGUUCCUGGAAGAUGGGUUACAAGGUUUCCUACCGCAUCAGUUCAAGGCUCCAGGCUGCAAGCUAGAAUGUGCUGUUCCUAACCACUUUGGCAAACCGUGUAAAACGCCUAUGGGUUUCAGGGAUAUUGGUAUUGUGGCAUCGCAUACGCAGAACGGUACGCAUCUUAGGGAUGCUGUUUACAAACUGUGUGGAGACGUCGGCAGACCACUCACCAGACUGUGCGCUAUUACAAAAUGUCUGCUGAAGACGCCGCCUCAGACACUUGGAGAUAUCUUCGGGUUCUUCCAAGGUUACCUAGCAAACUGGAGUGGUAUAACUAAACCGAAUAAAGAAGCACUUACGCAUAAGAGCGUAGCGUUCAUAAGUGCAGUCAAGGAGGCUUAUUUCGGGAACGAAUACGAGUUCAAUCUCCCUUCACUUUUCGCCAGCAGCAGCCACCGUAAUACAGACGGUACCCAUAAAAAAGGUGAUCUGUUUAGCAUAACGUCGUGUGAGUCCAGCGAUGAGGCGACGUGUGGGAUGUACGUUCAAUCCGUCAACUUGAACCUGUAUAGUAUAUUCGCUGCCUCCAAUAACAAGCAAUAUCUGUCGUGGGUUGUAUACAUUAGCGAAACAUUCUAUGCAUUGCUUAAGGCGCUGCUCGACGAGUGCUGCAAGAAUUGCGAUACUGCUGGUACCAGAUGCCACGACAAGAGCUGUGUUGCAGAUUGUGCAGUGAAGGGCUACUAUAAUUUACUGAAGUCCAAUAAUACACAAGCAGCCGUUAUGCAGCUCGAUCGCAAGAAUCAUGAUUCCAAAUGCCAUUCAAUCGUAGAAUGUCAAAACACCCAUCCAACGCUGUAUAAGUACGGCUUCACUUUUGGAAGCCAGCACAGACUAAGCGGCUUGUCCGACAGUGGCGCUAAAAAGCGUACGUGCAAAGAUUUUUGCAGCGCGUUAAAAUCUAUACUUAAUGACAAAGAAGAAGUAGGAGCUGCGCUUGCCAAAUUAGUUUAUAGAACGAUUCCAGAAUAUCUAUGGAAAAUCCGUGAACCCUUCUCCUACCUUGUAUUGGCCCUCUGGCUCCUCUCGCUCCUCUACCUCAUCCACAUCUUCAUCAUCCGCCUCGACCUGCUCCACAUCAAAUCGCAUCUACAUAGUCCAUCAUCGCAUCGUAUAGCUGCUCAAUCACUACUUGCUGCUGCACGUGUUAACAAACUGGGGAGGGUGUUUUACCUGCAACCAUAA